UAUUCUCACUCGCUCUCUCUCUCUCUCAAAUCAAUCUCAAUUAAACAAAACCAUUUUCAAGUCCGACACCACACUGCGAAGAAAGUCGGUGGGGAAGAAAGAGAAACUGGAGAGAGAAAGAAAGCAGAAGCUCACAAGAGAAACCGAAACGAACUACCGUAGAUUCUCAGAGCCAACGCCGCCGAUCCAAUCGCCACCUCAGAUGCCGGCAGCUCCUCCGGCCGCAUUAUCGCCGGAAUGACAGAUCCUCAGCUCCUCGCCGCUCACAGGGGUUGAAAUGAACGGGAUGCAGAUCGGCAAAGCUCUUAACGCGGACAAGCCUUCCCCGGGAUGCUUGGGAAGAAUGGUGAACCUCUUUGAUUUGGGUAAUGGGGUUUCUGGAAAUAAGCUGCUCACUGAUAAACCGCACCGUGAUGUUUUGGUAGGCUCUUCACUCUCAAGGAGUCAAUCAGAUGUGGCAACAAUGUUGGGCCCUCCCCCCUUUGGAGAUCACAUAGAUGAUAAAGUGAUUGUGUCAGAGUUAAGAAGAAGUUCAUCAAACAAUAAAGCAAGUGGAACACCCAUAAAGAUCCUUUUAGACCGAGAAAUGUCAAAAGAAGUGGUGUCUAAGAAGAAUCCGCCCAACUUGGUUGCUAAAUUGAUGGGGCUUGAUGCUCUCCCACUUGAGCAGUCCGAUUCAGCUUCACAAAGAAGUCAUACAAACAGUUAUUCGCAAGGUACUAAUAACAGCAUGCCAUUGGGAUGUUGGCAGCAAGAAGAUGGGUUUUUGGACAACGGAAUUCCACGCGAAUUUCAUCAGUGUUCAGAGCAGAAUGAUUACAAAGAUGUUUAUGAAGUCUGGCAACAACCUCAGAAGGCAAAUUAUGGAAGAAAUAUGUCGCCGCAGAAGGGAAGGUAUAAUGAAAAAGUUAACGAGAAGAAGAUGACUCUUGUUCGUCAGAAGUUCAUGGAAGCGAAACGCUUGGCCACCGAUGAGAGGCUUCGCCAGUCCAAGGAGUUCCAAGAUGCACUUGACGUAUUAAGUUCCAAUAGAGAAUUGUUCCUCAAGUUUCUGCAAGAACCUAAUUCCUUAUUUUCUCAGCAUCUACAUGAAUUACAAUCUAUUCCUUCCCAGCCUACGGAGACAAAGCGGAUCACUGUUCUCAGACCUUCAAAGAUGGUUUCUAGUGAAAAAUUAUCAGGCAUAGGGGACAAGAAUGAUGAACAGACAAAGAAAUCAGCUCAGGUCAGUCAAGCAGCUGCAUGGGACAAAGGCCACGAUGGAUACUCUCCUACUAUUGUUGAUCAGGAAGUUGAUGGAUAUCCGGCUCCACCAACUCGGAUAGUGGUAUUAAGGCCUAGCCCUGGGAAGGCUAAUGACAUUAAGGCUGUGGUUUCUUCACCCACCUCAUCACCAAGAGUUUUACAUGGUGAAAACUUCUAUGAGGAACCUGAAGAUGAUGAGGAGCGAGAAUCAAGAGAAGUUGCAAAGGAGAUCACGCAGAAGAUGCGUAAUAAUUUGAUGGGUCAUCGGAGGGACAAAACUUUGAUUUCCUCUGUAUUUUCCAAUGGCCAUACCGGUGAUGAAAGUUCAUUUUACAAAUCAGACCAUGAAUAUGCAGGAGGAAAUCUCAGUGAUUCUGAAGUUAUGUCGCCAUCUUCUAGGCAUUCAUGGGAUUACGUCAAUAGGUUUGGCAGCCCUUUUUCUUCGUCCUCCUUCAGCCGCAUGUCAUGUUCGCCAGAAUCAUCCGUUUGCAAAGAGGCGAAGAAGCGACUUUCUGAAAGAUGGGCAAUGAUGGCACUAAAUGGGAAUCCUCAGGAACAAAGACUUGCUCGGAGGAGCUCUAGUACACUGGGAGAGAUGCUUGCCCUUUCAGAGAUAAAGAAGCCAGAAAGAUCUGAGGAUGACAGUAUUCAGAAGGAACAAGAACCAAGGGAAUCAGUUUCAUGCUUGCCUAUUGAUUCUAGAAAAGAAGAUGGUGCUGUUGAUUCUCCCAGAAGUCUUUUGAGGUCAAAAUCUCUCCCUGUAUCUUCUACAGUAUAUGGUGGCGGGGUCAAUGUUCAAGUUUCAGAUCCCGAAGCUGUAAAGACAGAUGUUCCCAAAGAGCUAACAAAGGCAAAGAGCAUGAAAUCAUCGCUAAAAGGGAAAGUCUCAAGUUUAUUUUUCUCCAGAAAUAAGAAAUCAAAUAAAGGGAAAUCUAGCGAAUCUCAAUCUGCCCUUGCUGAACCACCAAAUUCUCUGGUUCCUCCUGGCAUAAUUAGUGGUGAUGCAUCUCAGUGUGCUAAUGAUGGUGGUUUUGAAGGUUGUCUGUCUCCUGCUUUAUUUGGAUAUUUAGGAAAAGAAUCUCCACAUGUAACAAGAAUGGGACAAAACCAAGGCACCGUUCCACACGAGGCAGGGUUGUGUGUGGCAAAGCAUGUGGUGCCCGGUUGUGUUGGUGAGAAUCCGGAUCAACCAAGUCCAAUAUCAGUUCUAGAACCACCGUUCGAAGAGGAUGACAAUACAGCCCAGGAAUCCUCCGUGCAUUUGAAGCAAGACCACCUAGGUAGACUUCUUAAGUCUAACUUGAUUGACAAAUCACCACUUAUAGGAUCAAUUGCGCGGACGCUGUCAUGGGAUGAGUCUUGUGCAGAGACAGCCACACCGUAUCUAUUAAAAUCCCCUUCGGUUUCAACUGAGGAGGAAGAACAAGACUGGCAUGCCACUGUCCAGACUCUUUUAUCCGCAGCUGGCCUAGACGGCGAGGUGCAGUGCGACUCCUUUUUCGCAAUAUGGCAUUCGCUUGAUAGUCCUUUGGACCCGUCUCUGAGAGACAAGUACUCCAACCUAAGUGACAAAGAGCCUCUGCAUGAGGCUAAACGAAGGCGAUUGCGAUCAAGUCAGAAGCUUGUAUUCGACUGCGUGAAUGCAGCCUUGAUGGACAUCACCGGUCAUGGGUCCGACAGCUGCUCAAGGACCACGUCAUGCAGCGGGGCCCAUGACAGGUUCGUAGAGGGUGAUUCUCCUCUGUUGGCUGACCGUGUGUGGGCCCGAAUGAAGGAAUGGUUUUCUGAUGAGGUGAGGUGUGUUUCGGAUGGUGGCGGGGACAUCAGCGGCCUGGUGGUGGAGAGGGUGGUGGAGAGAGUGGUGAAGAAGGAGGUUGUCGGGAAGGGGUGGUCGGAACACAUGAGAUUGGAAAUUGAUAAUUUGGGGAGGGGCAUAGAGGGGAAGUUGCUGGAGGAGCUGGUGGAGGAGGCAGUGGUGGAUUUGACAGGGAGGACAUGAUGAGGAUUUUGUUUCAUUUUCUAUUUAAGAUUUUUACUGUAACUCUGUGUAUUUGAUUUUCGACAAUGGUGGGCCCAAAAAACCCACCUUAAUUGUUUAAUGCCACAAAAUGUUUCAGUUGAUCAUUAUUUGAUAAAUGUGCCCACUCUCUGUUUAUAUACAAAAUUGUUAAAAAUCAUUCUGGUU